AUGCACGGUCAUUCACGUUUUUCAAAUGAUGUAGAUAGCGUGGGUAUCUUUCUCGGCGCCAAUUAUUUUUAUAAUUAUUCAACCAGCGAUGAAGAAGACGGAAUAGUGUCAGUUGGAAAUGUUCACUACGAUGAAAAAGAUAUCGAUAACGAAAAUGAUGAUGGCCAAGAUGGUGAUGUAAAUGAUCGCACCAAAGAAACAGCAAUCGAUUACUCAGACUGUGGUUUGUGGCCAAUUCAUCGCAACAUUCAAUUUGUUGAUUAUUUAAUUAAUAUAGGUGCAAUACAAGUGAAUUUGGACACAUAUCCACGCAAUAAUAGAAGACGACAUUUUUCAAAUGCUUAUUACAGCCGAAAACUUUCAAAUGGUAAGGUUAUUUCACGACGUUGGCUUGUGUACUCAGUUUUUAAAGAUGCGAAUUUAACAGAAGCAUUAAAAAUUAACGAAAAUAGUAAGUCACACAGAAUUGCUUAUCAACUAUGGAUUGAGACAGAAAUACGAAUGAAAGCUAUCGAUAGUGAAACUAGUGAAACUAUCGAUAAACAAGAGCAUAAACUAAUCGAAAAGGACAAUUUAAGGUGGCGAAGUGUUCUUGAACGAUUAAUGAACAUUACUUUAUACUUGGCAACAAAUAAUAUGGCCUUCAGAGGUUCUUCUGAUAAAUUGUAUGCAGUUAAUAACGGCAAAAUUUCAGGAUUGAUACAAUUACUCGCUAAAUUUGAUCCUUUCAUGUUAAACCACGUCACGCUUGCUCUUAUAGGAGAUAUUUCUGAUCAUUACUGUGGAAAAACCAUUUAA